CACAUAUUUACAUCAGUCUUUAAGCAAAAUUUGUCAAAUUCAGUUUAUUUUCUACUUAACAAUGGUAAAUCCACUGUCUUCUUCGUAAUUUAUUGCUCAAAACGAAAAAUAAAAAAAAGAGUCUAAAACCGAAAAUUUGUCUUUUCCGCAAAGUGACGGAGUACAAAAAAAAGAAAUUAAAUUAAAAUGUUGUUGAAUAUCGACACAUCACAAUUAGCCAGCGAUAAUCGUCAGUUAUCCACAGUUUUAUUGUUUCUCGUCUUAGAUCUGCUGCUACAAGGUGCAAAGGCGACAUCCAAACAUGAAGUCGAGAUGCAUUUGGAACACGGGAGAGAUUAUCUCGCCAGAGGACAGUUAGCAGAAGCACUAAAUUCGUAUCAUGCAGCUGUCGAGGGCGAUCCCGACAAUUAUCUGACGUACUACAAACGAGGCACAGUGUACUUGGCCUUGGGUAAAGCCAAAUUUGCCAUCAAUGACUUUGCGAAAGUCCUUGAAUUGCGACCUGAUUUCACAGCGGCACGCAUCCAAAAGGGAAACGUUCACAUGAAACUCGCGGAAUACGAUGAGGCCCAAAAUGAGUUUUACGAAGUGAUUGUUGCCGAACCGCAUAACGAAGAGGUCCGUUAUCAGUACGAACGAAUCGAGCCGGCACGCGAACAAUACAGUUUGAUACAGGAUUUGAUCGCGCGCGAGGAUUAUCAGACUGUCGUGACACUUUUGACACAAAUGUUGGAAAUUUCGCCAUGGAGUGCGGAGUUCAGGGAGUUGAGAGCAAAGGCUUAUAUCGAAUUAGGGGAUCAUAUUUCGGCCGUUUCUGACAUGCGGAGUGUGAAUCGAUUGACGCAAGAUAGUACCCAGGGAUAUUUCAAACUUGCCAAAUUGCUUUAUGACAUCGGGCAUGCGGCGGAUGCGCUGAAAGAAAUCCGAGAAUGCCUUAAACUCGAUCCCGAGCACAAAGACUGUUUCCCUUUCUACAAAAAAAUCAAAAAAGUCGACAAAUUUCUGUCUGACGCGCAAGAAUUUUCGGACAAUAAGCAAUAUGCGGAUUGCGUGUCGACCGCGCAAAAAGCCCUGAAGCACGAAAAAGAAGUUGAAAUGAUCAUUUUUGGUGCGAAAAAACUCAUGUGCAGUUGCAGUGCGGCGAACGAAGAACAUGCCGACGCCAUCAAAUAUUGCCGUGAAGCGUUGGAUAUCUACAAAGAUCCUCAAGUGUUAUGUGAUAGAGCGGAGGCGUACCUUGGCACGGAUAUGUACGACGAUGCGAUCCACGAUUAUCAAGCCGCCAUCGAAAUUGACGAACAUUUACAACGAGCGAAAGAGGGCUUGGAUCGCGCAAAAAGGAUGCAAAAACAAGCCGAAAAACGUGAUUAUUACAAAAUUCUCGGCGUCAAACGGAACGCCAACAAACAAGAAAUCACAAAAGCCUACAGAAAAGCAGCCCAAAAAUGGCAUCCCGACAACUUCCCGGAUCCGGAUGAAAAGAAAGUCGCAGAAAAGAAAUUUAUUGACAUUGCGGCGGCGAAAGAAGUUCUCACAGAUCCCGAGAAACGGAGACAAUUCGAUCAGGGACAAGACCCAUUGGAUCCUGAAUCAGGAUCAAAUCCCUUCGGAAAUGGCGGGCAUCCAUUCCAUCAUUUCCAACAUGGGUCGCCGUUCCAAUUCAAAUUUCACUUUUCGUAAAUGAAGAGCUCUCUCUUUUUCCUUCUUGCGACGCAAACUGUAAAAAUACCUCGUUUUUUGUACAUAAGCAACAAUUUUGUGUAAGGAGCUCCCCCAGUUUAGCAAGUCAGCCAUAAACAAAAUGUUCAAAACUUUUGUAAAUAUAUUAUCUCUGAACAAAUUCUGAAUUCAUCUUUUCUCAUACUUAAAAAAUAUCAAAAUUCGAUUUUUAAGUUAAAUUAAGAGUCACGCAUUGAUUUUGCCCGAUUUGCAUGUCUUAUCUUAAUUUAUUUGUAGGAACAAUAAAGUCAA